CUCUCUCACACACACACACACAGUGGUGGUUUUCAAACAAAUGGAGUCGGUGAAUGUGAUGUCGAAUCAUCACUGUGGUGUAGUCGAUGGCGCAAUAGACAUGGUGCCGCGUUCUGCUGCUAAACCUGAAAAGAUCAUUAUCGACACAGAUCCUGGUAUUGAUGAUAGCAUGGCUAUCUUAAUGGCAUUCCAAACGCCAGUUGUGGAAAUCUUAGGCUUAACAACAAUAUUUGGUAACGUUGCUACGGAAGAUGCCACUCAUAAUGCAUUGCAUCUGUGUGAGAUCGCAGGAUAUCCAGGUGUUCCGGUGGCAGAGGGUAGCUCUGAACCUCUGAAGGGGGGAAUACCACGUGUUGCAGACUUUGCUCAUGGUGCAGAUGGAUUGGGAAACAUAAAUUUACCUCCUCCAAAAUCAAAGAAAAUUGAGAAGACUGCAUCAAAAUUUUUAGUUGAUAAAGUCUCUGAAUAUCCUGGUGAAGUAUCUAUACUUGCGCUAGGACCCCUGACAAACUUGGCCAUGGCUGUCAAAAGGGACCCAACCUUUGCCAGCAAGGUGAAAAAGGUGGUCAUACUUGGUGGGGCUUUCUUUGCUUUAGGAAAUGUCAAUCCAGCUGCAGAAGCAAAUAUCUAUGGGGACCCAGAAGCAGCAGAUAUUGUGUUCACCUCUGGGGCACAUAUUGUGGUCGUUGGGAUCAAUAUUACAACACAAGUCAAAAUGACAGAUGCCGACCUCUCUGAUUUGAGACAGUCUGGAGGAAGACAUGCUCAAUUUAUAUCCAACAUGUGCAAAUUUUACCGAGACUGGCAUGUAAAGUCUGACGGCGUUUAUGGAAUUUUCCUUCAUGACCCAGUAUGUUUUGUGGCACUAGUUCGGCCUGAUCUCUUUACAUACAAGAAUGGGGUUGUGAGGGUUGAGACACAGGGCAUCUGUGUAGGGCAUACGCUAAUGGACCAAGGACUAAAAACGUGGAAUUCAAGCAACCCAUGGUCAGGCUAUUCCCCUGUUUCAGUUGCAUGGACGGUUAAUGUGGAUGAAGUUCUUUUUUACAUCAAGAAAAUGUUGAUGAAACGUUGAUUGCUGCUGGAUCUUGCGCUUUACACCCCCCCCAAACAAUGAAAGAAACUGUAAAAAUGAAAGAUUGGGCCGUCUCUGAUUUCUAGCAACCGGGAACCCAUGGUGGUGGGAGUGGAAGGUUAAUUUGAAUUGGAUUAGUAUUGCUGAAAAGUUCUUGUAAUUGUCGAAUUGUCUAGGCAUGUUUAAUUUGAACUGGAUUAUUAUUGCUGAAAAU